AUGCUGAACCAAAGUGUUGUAACUGAAUUUAUCCUCCUUGGACUUUCACAGAAUCCACAUAUCCAGAAAAUAGAAUUUGUCCUAUUUCUGUCUAUCUAUAUCAGCACUCUUAGUGGCAAUUUGCUGAUUGUGGUGACCAUCCUGAGCAGUCCAGCACUCCUGGGCUCCCCAAUGUACUUCUUCUUGGCCUUCCUGUCCUUCCUGGAUAUGUGCAUCUCCUCUGCCAUUGUCCCAAAGAUGGCUAUUGACUGUCUUUAUGAGAAGAAAACUAUAUCUUUUGGAGGCUGUCUGACCCAGAUCUUUGCCUCACACUUCUUUGCUGGAGCAGAGGUGAUUGUCCUCACAGCCAUGGCCUAUGACAGGUAUGUGGCCAUCUGUAAGCCUUUGCACUAUUCUACCAUCAUGAAUGCAAGGCUCUGUGGUAUUCUGGUAGGAGUAGCCUGGUCAGGGGGAUUUCUUCAUUCCACUAUACAAGUUGCUUUUACCUCCCAGCUUCCCUUCUGUGGCCCCAAUAUCAUUGAUCAUUUCAUGUGUGACUUGUUCCCAUUACUGAAGCUUGCCUGCACGGACACUUUUGUCUUUGGCCUCUUGGUGGUGGCCAACACUGGAUUCUUCUGCACCCUGAUCUUCUUCAUGUUGAUUGUGUCCUACGGGGUCAUCCUGUUCUCUCUGAGAAACCACAGCCCUGAAGGACAGAGGAAAGCGCUCUCCACCUGUGGCUCUCACAUCACUGUUGUGCUCUUAUUCUUUAUGCCUUGUAUAUUUGAGUAUGUACGGCGCCCAACUUCUUUCCCCUUUGAUAAAAUGGUGUCAGUAUUUUACACUGUCUUCCCAACUUUCUUCAAUCCUUUGAUUUAUACUUUCAGGAAUAAAGAAGUGAAAAAUGCCAUGGGGAGAUUAUGGAAUAAAUUAUUCAUCAACUCAGCUGAAAAAUAA